CCGCACCUCCCCCCUGAAGGCCGGGCUGCGCCCCUGGGCCCCGGUGCCCCUGAGAGGAAGGCGCCCCGGCCUUCGGGACCCGGGGCCCGGCAGGGGCCGGGCGACAGCGGGGACCGCGCUGGGAGGCUCGCUGCGCGCGGCAGUGCCUGGGUCCCCGCGGUCGGCGCCACAGCCCCGCCAGGGCCGCUCUGCCGUCCUGGGGACCCGUGAGCACGAGGGCUGGGUGGUGCGGGGCCGCGGGAGCUUGCCGGCGCCUGCUGGGCCUUGCAGCCGUCGGGGAGGGACAGCGGGUGGAAGACCGGCCUCCCGCUCUCCGCAGUUCUGCCUGUCGAGAACCAAGAACUAAACGUGAAGGGGUAAACGUCUGAGUUGCCAGGGCGCUUUUCCGCUUUCUUCCGCGGCCGACGGCCCCGUCGCUGCUGUCCCGGGCGGUGCAGGCGUCCGACUCCACCGCGCCGGUGCGUACGGCGGCCCCUGGGAGGCCAUGGCUGGGAGGCGGGCGGCGGGCAAGCAGCCGCUGCUGCUGGGGCUGCUGCUGGCUGUGGCCGCGGUCCACCUCGUCACCUGCCCCUACACCAAAGUGGAGGAGAGUUUCAACCUGCAGGCCACGCACGACCUGCUGUUCCACCGGCUGGACGUGGACAAGUUCGACCACCACGAGUUCCCCGGCGUGGUCCCCAGGACGUUCGUCGGGCCGCUGCUGCUGGCGGCGCUGUCCAGCCCUGCGGUCUGGGUGCUCUCGCUGCUGGAGGUGUCCAAGUUUUACUCCCAGCUCAUAGUUAGAGGCGCCCUUGGGCUUGGCGUCAUCUGGGGACUCUGGUCGCUACAAAAAGAAGUGAGACGGCAGUUCGGGGCCACGGUGGCCACCAUGUUCUGCUGGGUGACGGCCUCACAGUUCCACCUGAUGUUCUACUGCACACGGACCCUCCCCAACGUGCUGGCCCUGGCCGUGGUCCUGCCAGCCCUCACGGCCUGGCUGCGGCACAGGUGGGCCCGCUUCGUCUGGCUCUCGGCUUUCGCCAUCAUCAUCUUCAGGGCGGAGCUGUGCCUGUUCCUGGGCCUCCUGUUGCUGCUGACCCUGUACACCAGGAAGCUCUCUGUGGCCAAACUGCUGCAGCACGCGGUCCCGGCCGGGAGCCUCUGCCUAGGGCUGACGGUCGCCGUGGACUCCUGUUUCUGGCGGCAUUGGGUGUGGCCAGAAGGGAAGGUGUUCUGGUACAACACCGUCCUGAACCAGAGCUCCAAGUGGGGAACUGCCCCCCUCCUGUGGUAUUUCUACUCCGCCCUGCCCCGGGGCCUGGGGUGCAGCCUGCUCCUCGUGCCGCUGGGCAUGGUGGACAGAAGGGCCCGGGUGCUGGCUCUGCCUGGCCUGGGCUUUGUGGCGCUGUACUCGCUCCUUCCACACAAAGAGCUGCGGUUCAUCCUCUACGCCUUCCCCGCGUUCAACAUCGCAGCUGCCAGAGGCUGCUCCUACCUGCUGAACAAUUACAAGAAGUCUCGGCUGUACAAGGCAGGGUCCCUGCUCGUGAUCGGACACCUUGUGGUCAAUGCCAUGUACACGGCCACGUCCCUCCACGUGUCCCAUUUCAACUAUCCUGGUGGCGUUGCGAUGCAGCGGCUGCAUGAGCUGGUGCCCCCCAGGGCAGAUGUACACGUGCACAUCGACGUGGCCGCUGCCCAGACAGGUGUAUCACGGUUCCUGCAAGUCAACAGCGCCUGGAGCUAUGACAAGAGGGAAGACGUGCGGCCGGGCGCGGCGGGCAUGCUGACCUACACACACCUGCUCAUGGAGGCCGCCCCCGAGCACCUGGCCCUCUACAGGGACACACACCGGGUCCUGGCCAGCAUCCUGGGCACCACAGGUGUGAGUCUGAACCUGACCAAGGUGCCGCCCUUUGACGUCCACCUGCAGACGAAGCUGGUGCUUCUGGAGCGGCUCCCCAGGCCGUCCUGAGGGAGAGCCGGCAGCCCUGCCUGGGCACAGACUGUGCUGUUUCCUGCAGCAGCCGAGAGCACAGAGAACAAAUCAAGGAACCACGAACGCGGCCCA